GAGUGCCGAGAAGCAGACCGUGGAUGUGAAGGAGCCGCUCUUCGUAGGUGCUCCGGAGACCGCCUCAGUCUCGGCGCCGAGCGUUUUCAGGUGGUGGAUCUCCCUCUUCGUGCUGGGGCGCCGCAUCAGCCUUUCGUGCGUCGACGUGCACGCCUGGAUCGAGCCUCGCUGGUCGCGGGCGUUGGCGCCGCCGCCGCUGCUGUGGAGCCUGGGGCCGCCGCGAGUUGGGCGUCCAGCAGGGUGCGCGAGCGGCUGCUGGGAGACAUCGAUAUCUUGCGAGGUCGUGCACCGCUUGGGCAGAAGCCAGCCGCUCAUGAAGAAGUUUCGGGCGGGCUGGAGGCUGCGCUGGGAGGGCUGGGACAG